AUGGUCACUGCGGCAAAGGCGGAGGCUUCAAGUUCGGGUUUUCCAGCACCGGAAAGCGGUUCCGCUAUUGAUACAAAAUACAUUGAUGUGACCCUGGCAAUCCUUGAAAACCAUGAAGAUGAGGUUGAUUCAUUGACUGCUGAAAAGGAGAAAAAGCUGAGGCGGAAACUUUACUGGAACGUUAUCGGGUUACUUUCUGCCAUUAACCUGCUACUCUUUAUUGACAAAGCAUCUCUGGGAUACGCUGCUAUCCUUGGCCUGUUUGAAGAGACAGGCAUAAGCAAAGAACAAUACAACAACCUGGGGACUUUUUUCUACGUUGGGUACCUCAUUGCACAAUUACCCGGACAUUAUGCCAUGCAAAGGCUACCAUUCGGAAAAUUUGUUGCUAGUCUCGUCUUUAUGUGGGGUGUUACGUUGCUCCUUCACUGCGUUGCCACCAGAUACGCCGCCCUAGUAGUUCUGCGUUUGGUACUCGGUGCUAGCGAAUCUGUUGUGGUCCCUGCAAUGGAAAUUACUAUUGGCAUGUUCUUCAAUCGUCACGAACAAUCAUUUCUCCAGCCUUUCUUGUGGUUGACAUCAGCACUUGCCCCAGUCUGUGCUGCCUUUAUCUCCUACGGUCUUCUCUGGAGCCACAGCACAAUUCUGCCCUGGAAGCUUUUCAUGGUUAUUACUGGAGGUGUCUCAAUUAUUACAUCAAUAUUUGUUUGGUUCCGAUACCCAAACAACCCAGCAGAGGCUACCUUUCUGACAUUGGAGGAAAAGGUGCACACCAUCAGACGGGUACACGAAUCGAGCCAGAGCUCUAUUGAACAGAAAAUGUUUAAGAAGUAUCAGUUUAUUGAGGCACUUCGCGACCCAGUUUCAUGGCUAUUCGCUUUGCAGGCAUUCACGCUCAUGAUGGCCAACAAUCUCACAUACGGGCAACAGAACCUCAUUAUCAAGGCUCUUGGAGUGGAUAGUUUGGGCUCCACACUUGUGGCAGCCGCAGGUGGCGCCUUUGGUGCUGUCGUUUGCCUCGCAGCGGUUCUAGCUCUGCGACGAUGGCCCUCCAAUCUUGCGCUACAUGGGCUAGUUUGGUGUGUUCCUUCAAUUGCUGGUGGCAUUGGUAUGGUUGCGAUCAAUUGGCACUUCAAGCUUGGAUUGCUUGUGUGCCUAAUAUUGGCUGGCCACACCUUCGGAAACACUUAUAUCAUCGCAUUGGGCUGGGCUACUUCAUCCGCGGCAGGCCACACUAAGAAGCUCACACGCAGCGCCAUGUUUAUGCUUGGCUACUCCGUUGCAAACCUUUGUUCGCCUCAAAUCUGGGUGCCUAAGGACGCGCCCCGCUACUAUGGUGCUUGGAUCUCCAUGAUAGUGGUCAGCUGGCUUGGCACACCAACGAUACUAUUCAUUAUACAGUUCAUUUUGAAACACAGAAAUCUUCAGCGGAGACUUUGGGCCUCAGCCUUGAGUAACGAGCGCAGGGCCGCCUACAGUUUUGGAGUCAUCGAGCAGCUUGAUGAAAAUGGUGCGCUCGUUCGCAGGAUGGUCGAGAUCACUAUGCUGGACAUGACGGACCUGGAGAAUCUGUUCUUCACCAACUUGAUAAAUGAUGACACCAACUACUCCGAUGCCGCUACCAAGCAUGUUGGACAACUUUUCUUCCCUGGGGAGUUAAUCCACUCUGAUUAUCAGUUUGCGCCUUACCAUGCUCACCUUUCAACUCUGAACCGUACCCUCAACGGUGGGGAUUCGGUUUACUCUGUUGCUAAUGACGAUGGGUACUCUGCUAUAAUUUCUACGGAGUUAGUUGGUGAGACUCUUGCUGAGGGGUUGAUUGGAUAUAUUACUAUUGAGAUUAACAAGAGUGCUUCGGCUAUUGCUACUACCGGGCAGGAUGUUAACGUGCAGAGAUAUUUGCCUACUGUUUUGUUGAGUUCUAGUGUUCAGGCUGCUUCCAACACUUUUGAUAUUGCUGAGUGUUACCGUGCUAAUGUUAUGAAGUUGUUAAGGGAUAGACGUCGAUGUUGA